UUGGGCGGAGCCGGGACCACCCCACCCCCACCCCCCACCCUCCGAGCAGUGUCUCAGAGUGAGUGCUGGCGGGCGCCAUGGCCACCGAUCCUCGCGGGAAGGCCGCGACUCUGGCCCUGAGGAGGCGGCUACUCAGCAAUUCCUGCAGACUCUUUUUUCCUGAAGAUCCUAUUAAGAUUGUCCGGGGCCAAGGGCAGUACAUGUACGAUGAACAGGGGGCAGAAUACAUCGAUUGCAUCAACAAUGUGGCUCAUGUUGGGCACUGCCACCCUCUCGUGGUCCAAGCAGCACACGAACAGAACCAGGUGCUCAACACCAACAGCCGGUACCUGCACGACAACAUCGUGGAUUACGCACAGAGGCUGUCCGAGACCCUACCGGAGAAGCUCUGUGUGUUUUAUUUCCUGAAUUCUGGGUCAGAAGCCAACGACCUGGCCCUGAGGCUGGCGCGCCAAUACACAGGACACUGGGACGUGGUGGUAUUAGAUCAUGCUUAUCAUGGUCACCUGAGCUCCCUGAUCGACAUCAGCCCCUACAAGUUCCGGGACCUGGAUGGCCAGAAGGAGUGGGUCCACGUGGCACCUCUCCCAGACACCUACCGGGGCCCCUACCGGGAGGACCACCCCAAUCCAGCUGUGGCCUAUGCCAGCGAGGUGGAACGUGUGGUCGGCAGUGCACAGGAGAAGGGCAGGAAGAUUGCAGCGUUCUUUGCUGAGUCUCUGCCCAGUGUGGGAGGGCAGAUCAUUCCCCCUGCUGGCUACUUCCCAGAAGUGGCAGGGCACAUCCGCAGGGCCGGAGGGGUCUUUGUUGCAGACGAGAUUCAAGUGGGCUUUGGCCGAGUAGGCAAGCACUUCUGGGCCUUCCAGCUGCAGGGGGAAGACUUUGUCCCCGACAUUGUCACCAUGGGCAAGUCCAUUGGCAAUGGCCACCCUGUAGCCUGUGUGGCCACAACACAAGCUGUGGCGAGGGCGUUUGAAGCCACCGGCGUCGAGUACUUCAACACGUUUGGGGGCAGCCCAGUGUCCUGUGCUGUAGGGCUGGCCGUCCUGGAUGUCUUGGAGAAGGAGCAGCUGCAGGCUCAUGCUGCCUCUGUGGGCAGCUUCCUAAUGGAGCUCCUUGGACAGCAGAAAGCCAAACAUCCCAUCCUUGGGGACAUCAGGGGCGUUGGGCUCUUCAUUGGUGUGGAUCUGAUCAAAGAUGAGGCCACAAGGAUGCCAGCAACUGAAGAGGCUGACUAUGUGGUGUCCAGGCUGAAAGAAAACUACAUUUUGUUGAGCACUGAUGGCCCCGGGAGGAAUGUCCUGAAGUUCAAGCCCCCCAUGUGUUUCAGCUUGGACAACGCACAACACGUGGUAGCAAAGCUGGAUGCCAUCCUGACAGACAUGGAAGAGAAAGUGAGAAGUUGUGAGACACUGAGGCUCCAGCCCUGAGGCAGCUCUGCUGAGGGGUGUCCUCUAGGUAAGUGGCCUUACUUCUUGUUCCUAGAGAACCAGAACUGGGUUCCUUAUCAUCCGUUAGUAGCUCCUUCAACAUUCUUGUUCCAAGUGAUGUCCCCUUCCCACAGGUUAGUUUUAAUACUGGGAGGCUCUGGCUGCCUUGGGCUUUCCCCAUCCCCCACCCCUGAAAAAUCUCCAAAGUACUUAAGUUUGCAUUUGAUGGCUGAGAAAAGAGUAUAGCUAUUUCCUCCCUUCUCCAGCCGGUUCCUCUAUGGGAGAGCUUCUGCCAGGCUUUAUCCACCUGCAGCCCCCAGCCAAGUGCUGUGUCUUACAACUAGCUAUCUUAGGCCUCAGCCACUAGACUUGGGGUGCUCCAAUCAGGCCAACAAAUAGGCCCUGCCACAGGGGGCUGUUAAAACCAGGAGGGGCACCAUCUUGCCCAGAUCCAGCUGGCCCUUUGUGUGUCUGCUCUUGUCUUUAGGUUCACACUGUCUUUGCUGGGAGAGAGAAUCCCAUUUCCAAUGGCAAGUCAAGACAGGUGUUCCAAGGUGCUCCAGAUUCGAACUGCCCUGGGGCAGUGUCCCCACUGAGGGUGGUAACCCUCAUUGUACUUCACCCCCUUGAAUAGCUGCCCAAUAUCUGAGCCACUCCACUUUCUUUAAAGGGGCACAAGUCCUAGGCAGGGCCAAGUCAUUAAAAGAAACUAACCAAAGAUGUGGAGAGUGUGUGCUUAUGCCUGACAGGAUGCAGUUAGGUGGUCUUGGAGGAUACUGGAGCUCUGGGCACCUGCCCCCCUUCACAGUGUAUCCCACACUCACCCAGGCUUGGGGGUUUUUAAAUUUUUAUUUCAAAAGCUUGGAUAGCUUCAAUAUCCAGGUCGUGGCAAAAUCAGGACACGUGUAAAAUACCUUACAAUACAUUAGAUUCCCGAAAGGUACCAAAAAGUACAGUAAAAUUAACACUUCCAUUAUAGGAAAUGUAUGACACAAAUAAUAUAAAAUUAAAGGUGAAAAAAGGUGACACUGUUUUCCUAAGAUACAAUUUACUCUUUACAACCAGGGUCCACAGGUCCAGGCUGCAGAGCGGCCGCAGGAAGCAGACCCUCCAAUCUGGCUCUGGGUAACCUGGUAAUAAAAAUGAGCCCAUAAUGCCGCUCUGGCCUCUUGAGACACCACACGCUGCCUAAAACAACUAGAGCUCUGGAUAUAUUAAACAGGAGAGUGAUUUCCAGGGGGGAAA